AUGCCACGCCUUCCUACCUCGCUCCUCCGCGAAGCCUACACGAUAGAUCGUCUUCUUCCCGCCCUUCUCGGCCCUUGCCGCGACCUGCGCGCAGCCCGGAACGAGCUGCGAUGGCUCCGCGAACACGUCAAUACCAUCGCCGCAGCGCGACCCGCGCGAGGCGGAACGCUAGCUAAGGACGCCUUGCUGCGCGAUUUGGUCAGGCAGAGGGCUUCGGGGAAACCGCUGCAGUAUAUACUGGGCACAGAGUACUUUGGGGAGCUGGAAAUAAUGUGUCGGCCGGGCGUGCUGAUCCCGCGACAGGAUACAGCGGCUUCGAUUUCGCAUCUCGUGUGCUCAAUACGCAAUGCGCAGAGCCUUCCCUCUGAGCUCCGCGUGCUCGAUCUCUGUACAGGCACCGGGUGCAUACCUCUCCUCUUCCACCACGAAUUCUACUCCGCGCGCGACGACAUAGACUUGCGCAUCCUCGGUGUCGACGUCUCUGAUACAAGCCUCAACCUCGCCGCUCAUAACCUCAAGCGCAUGCGUAAGGACAAGUCUUGGGCGGAAAAGGGUGCUAUUGGGUUCAUGAAGGCCGACGUCCUCCUCAACCCUUUCGCCGACCAGAAAGGCGGGCGGCUCCCGCUCAAGAGAGCUUUCGAAACCAACAAGCAAUUACAGUCCUGGGAUAUACUGAUCUCUAACCCGCCAUAUAUCUCACCGUCCGCUUACUGGAAGACCACAACGCGUUCGGUUCGCGGCUUCGAGCCGAAGCUCGCACUGGUGCCUCCUCCGCACUCUACGACCGCCGACACAGAACGAGGCGACACCUUUUAUCAACCAUUGCUACAUAUAGCGCGCGAUGUCGAAGCAAAAAUCGUGCUGCUCGAGAUUGCCGAUCUAGAGCAAGCGCUGCGAGUCGCACGCAUGGCGCGCGAGCUUCGCAUCUUCGAUGGCAUAGAAAUAUGGAGAGACCAGCCAGAGCAAACUCCCGACACUACUCCCUCCUCCACACAAGGCGGGUUCAGCAUACUCGGCCAAGGAAACGCUCGCUCGGUACUCUGCUGGCGCGGCGCAGUGGCGUCAUGGCUGGGGAAGCCUACACCGGGAAUUUCGCUCGAUGACGACGCACAUCGUCUACUCAAGAGUCAUGGAAACUUUACGUCUUCAUUCCACACCAAUGGGUUGAGCAUUUAA